AUGUCUGUCAUACAAUACCUAUGCGGCCCCUGUUUGGCGGAGAAAGCCGAAAUAGAGGGCGUUGUGUAUUGUAAAGAAUGUGAGGAACCACUUUGUGCGCAGUGUAAACAGGAUCAUUCAAGGAUAAAGGUUUCCAAGCACCACAAGUUGUGUGACCUUGCGGACGUACCUCCCCAGGAGAUACAAGAACUUCUGAAGAACCUAAUAGCCUGUCCAAAUCACGAAAAUGAAGAAGUUGUUUAUCUGUGUAAAGACCACGAUAUGACGUGCUGUAAUAAGUGCGUGAUGGCUGAUCACAGAAUGUGCGACGAAGUAAAGGUACUUUCUGAUAUUUUGAAUGAUAUUAAAGUGGAUUGUACUGGAUUGAAGAUAGUGUUGCAUGACUUUCAACAGCAAGGUGAGCGUCUUUUAGAACAUGAACGAAAUCACAAAGAAUUGGUUUUUGAAAUAGAAAAUCAAGCGUUGGCUUCACUCCAAACUAUUAAACAGAAACUCUUAGACAUAUACGCGCAACUGGAGAAUGAAGUGCUAUCAUCUAUUGCUGAUAAGAAGAAAGUUAUAGGAGAUAAAAUAAAAAGAAACAACGAUAAUGCACGUCAGUUUUUUAAUGAAAUUAAACAGCAGUCAACUUAUAUUGAACAGGUUGAGAAAUUUGGAACAAAUGAACAACUUGUUCUCCUGCAGCGCCAGCUUGACAAGAAUUCGUGCUAUUCUACAAGUCGACCGGAAGCAGGCAUUUCAUAUGAUGAUGCCGGCAACGCAAGCACUGACGUGUUGCUGAAAACAGCGGUGGCGGAGGUAGGAUACGCUCAGUACACGGCUUCCGCCAAUAUAUUGCUGGACGAAGGGGCACAGCGAAUGGCCUCUAAUAUAGGAUACUUUUUGUCAGGUCCAGGGAAUCAGCGUCCAUCCCAGGCUCGUGCAGACUACGUCAUGAAUGUUAUGACUUUGCCGCCAAAUUCAAUCAACAAAGAUCGGUUCUGGACACUAGACAGUAUUGGUAAAUCUGCCGACGAAAACGAUGAAACAGUCGUCAGUGUCAUGGAAGAGUAUCAGAAGACACACAUAUCUUCAAAGAUGUCAAACCCAUCAGAUCUUAACGACUUGACAUCCAUAUUGGUCAAGUUUCGACUUAACGAGUUUGCGGCUAGUACCGAUAUCGAGAAGGCGUUUCUACACAUUGGACUUCAAGAGUUUGACAAAGAAGUCGCCAGAUUCCUGUGGUUAGGUGACCCAUCUGACGUAGAUAUCCCUCUACAGACGUACAGAUUUAAGACAGUUUUAUUUUGGGCCACUUGCUCGCCUUUUUAUUAG